GUUUAUCUGUAAAAAUGCUUCUGACCCUUUUGUUUAUUUAUUUAAAUUUGUAAUUUUUCUUUUUAGUCUCUGUUCCGUUGAAACAUUUCAGGUGAAAAGUUGAGAAAUUUUUCAUGUGGAUGCUAUGCUGUCUGAUGAUUAUCAUAGAAUGAUCAAAUUGGGUAGAACCCAUAUAGCUUUUUUGUUAUUGGGUUUAACAGAAAAUUAUGAAAUAGUUGAAUUACUAGAGGUAAAUUUAUCUGUGCUUCUCCGAUUUCUCAGCAACCAAAGGGAGCUUUGGAUACUUUUAUUUAUGUUCCAUUUGGUUUCUGGGAAAAUUGAAGAAUCUGAAAGAAAUUGAAGUGUUGGUGCCUUUAAACCGCACGUAAGGGUAAAAAACUUUUGAUGCUUAGUUAUGAAGUGUGAGAAUUGUAGUAAGAGUAGUGCUACCUUGUGUUCCUGUAAAAACGUUUCAGUCACGCUUCGUAAUGUCAUAUGAGAUUUUGAGCUAAAUGAACAGAGAGGGGAGAGGAUCUUGGGGCUCAAAAUAAUUUUAUUAACAUAUGCUUUUCGAUUAUUGUUUGACACUUUUUCAGCUGAUAGGGCAUAUACAUAUCUGAUUCACAGUGUGCCAGUUCGCCCGUGGUUCAGUGGCAGAACUCUGUUGACAAAUACUCCCUUGCAAUUAGAAGAUCAUAGGAUUCUUGUUCAUUUGUAUGAUUUUGUUUAAAUUUUUUUUUAAUGGUGACCUCAAUUAGAAAUUUUUCAAUAAUAAAAAAUCACUUCAGAUCGAGGAAUGGCUAAACAAGUUGUCGCCGCCCAACCGUCAGUUUCAUUUGAGUAUGAGCUUUUAGAUGGUGAUUCUGAUCACCUAAGGACUGUCGUAGGCUCUACAGACCAGAAAAGUCCGUGGAUUGAACCUUCAAAGUUGAAACUUAGACACAGAAUUGGGCGGGGACCCUUUGGUGAUGUUUGGUUAGCAACCCAUCAUCAGUCGACUGAAGAUUAUGAUGAGUAUCAUGAGGUGGCUAUCAAGAUGCUUCAUCCAAUUAAAGAAGACAACAUGAGAAUUGUGUUGGAUAAACUAGAAGAUAUGUUCCGUAAGUGUCAAGGAGUAAGAGGUGUUUGUUGGCUACAUGGAACUUCAAUAAUCAGUGGAAAGAUAUGCAUCAUAAUGAAAUUAUAUGAGGGAUCAGUUGGUGACAAAAUGGCUCAAAUCAGAGGAGGAAAGCUUGCACUUUCUGAUGUUCUGAGGUAUGGGAUAGGGUUGGCUGCGGGGGUUUUUGAACUACAUUCCAAAGGGAUCUUGGUUCUUAACCUAAAACCUUCUAAUGUUCUUCUAAAUGAAAAUGACCAAGCAAUACUUGGAGAUUUUGGUAUUCCUUAUCUAUUGCUUGGCAUUCCAUUGAUAAGCUCAGAUAUGACUCGGAGGAUCGGAACGCCAAACUACAUGGCACCUGAACAGUGGCAACCAGAAGUACGAGGUCCAAUAUCCUUUGAGACCGACUCUUGGGGUUUUGGGUGCAGCAUUGUGGAACUGUUGACUGGUGUCCGACCUUGGGGUGGGAAAUCUGUUGAUGAAAUAUCUGAUUCAGUAGUCAGAAGGCAAGAAAAACCAGAUAUACCAAGUGGACUUCCUCCUGCAAUAGAGAAUCUUCUUCUUGGUUGCUUUGAGUAUGACUUGAGGAGUCGCCCUUUAAUAACGGACAUAUUGAAUGUAUUUAAAAGGUAUGUGUCUCUUCUAUGUUUAUAUCCUGUUUUGAGUUUUUGAGAUGAUGAAUAUAAU